GAGAGGUUAAGCACUCGUGCGAUCCCCGCGUGCAAAGUUAUGGAUGAGCACUGCUGAGAAGUUCCAUACUAGGACGAAAGAGCUGUUCAAUGCAUCAUGGAUUUCACUAGUAGUUUAGCUAAGAUCAGUUCGUCCUUUAGACACCACGGUUAAAUCAUAGUCAAUGUAAAAUUCCAAGAUACCUCAUUUCUUUCAUUUUCAAAAUUACUUUGAUUAUUUCAGGCUAAAAUCAAUUCACUAUGUGGAUGUAAUGCUAUAGAAUUCCCAUACAUAAAUGAAAGCCUACCAUUUUGUCUUGAAAUGAGUUCAUUUGUUAAAAUAGGAAAUUGUGAUAUUCAACAUCCAAUCGUACGAAAUUACACUAUUAAUAAUUCUCCUACUACUUCUAAUCAAAAUCAUACUCUAUUGAAAGCUGACAAAUUAUUUUCGGUUAAUCAAAAUCAAGAAACAAAAACACAUGAAAUCCCAUUUAAUUUUGAAUGUUUAUCUGAAUUAGAAGCUGUGAAAAAUCGUGUACUAUGUAAAUCAGAGGUUACUAAACACUAUCAGGGUGAUGUGGUACUAUCUUGCACACUUCCAUGUGCUUUCUUCGCUUAUGAAACAGACAGAUCAACAUCGACUUGGCCAACGAAAUCAUGGCAGUUAAGUUGGCUAUCAACAAGAGCUGGAAAAAAGGUGGCCAACAGACCCGAUUUAGUCGGAUAUCGGUUGGCGAAAGAAAGGUUAGAUGCAUCUGAGGGUGAAAAAGAAGCACAAGAGUUCUUAGCAAAAAGCAACGUUUUAGAAAGGAAUUUACUAGCAAUCAUGCUUAUCCGACCAAAUUUUAACGUCCAUAAGGUAAGCUGUCAGCUUAUCACUUAUAAUUCUUAACAUUACAGUAGACUGAACAACUAAUGAAGCAAUUUUUAUUACAGUUCAUGUGAUCUGGGUAUGACAAAGAAUACUCAUUUACCAAGUACAGAUUCACGCACUCGGCUUCAAUCCACACUUCAAGUGUGUAGAUUAGAGAUAUUAUUUAAUUGUCGAAGCUAAAGUGGAGUAGAGUUCAAACUGGCGACUCAGUGGUUAAGAACAGAACACUUCUAACCAGAUCCAUUACUUAGGCGAAAGAUUGACGUUACGGUCAUGUUACCACAGGGAAGUUUUACAAUAUUAUAUCACUGAAUUCCGACUGAACCCUUUUAUCACGAAUCAGAAUCAAUAUAUUUUAGUCUAUUUUAACUGUCAAAAAUUAUGAAGCAGUGGAUUGUAAUGGUGUUUCCGAUGAUGAUAUUAAGAAACUGAUAGUAAACAAAGGAUUCAUGACUACAUAACUACUAAUUUUAAAGUAUUCGAUUGUACAAGGAUAGUUUUCAUUAAAAAGGAAUCUGAAUUGUUAAGAUCUAAAAUGUAAUUCAGUGAUUAACAUACAUUCGAAUACCUGAGAUGGAAUACGCCCAGCUGAAUUUGUUAAAAGUUAUCUAUUAGCAGAAAUAAGAUACAUUUAUUAAUGCAAUCUGAGACCAAUCUCCAAAAACGUCGCACGUGGACGUGACUUUGGCUAACUAGUUUGAUCUCAAGACAUCCAAGGCAUUUAGCUACGAGUAUGUCUCUGAUGAAAACUAGAUUCGUUAAAAGAACGUGUCAGAAAAUCUAACAUGCUACAAUAAUUAAUGCAAGAAUAACUCAGAAAUAGUAAACAGAAGUACCAAGACCGAACAGUUAAUUGCGGAUCUCGGCUGAAACGAUUUAUUCGAGCAUAACGAAUCGGUCAUAAAUUUGCAGGGGCAAACAUUACUUACUUACUAACACCUGUCAACCCUCGUGGAGAAGCACAAGCCAUCCGUCAGCAUUCUUCAUCCAACUUUGUACUGGAGAAUCCUUUCCAGUUGCUAUACAUCUUAUUCAUGUCUGCUUCCAAUUCUCGACGCAGUGUGUUAUUUGGACUUCCAUUUUUACGUUUCCCUUCAGCAUUAACAGUUAGAGCUUGAGCAGUUUGAUUAUUUCCUCAAUGUGCGUCCUAUAUAAACUUUCAACAUUUUUCUCCUAAUUUUCUCUUGCACCUUUACUUUUUGAAGAUAGUUGUAGUAGUUCUCCACGUUUUAGCUCCGUACAUUAGAACUGUCUUGACGUUCGUAUUGAAGAUUCUCACUUUCAUGUUGCUUGACAGUUGUUUUGAGUUUCGUAUGUUCUUCAAUCAUAGGAAUGAGGCCCUUGCUUUGCCGAUCUGUGCCUUCACAUUUGCAUCAGAUCAUCCUCGUCCAACGACGACGAUGACCAGGUACGUGAGUUUCCACAUCUUACAGAGUUUCUCCAUUAAUUGUGAUUGUGUUGGUGUUCUCAAUGUUGUAUUUGAGGAUCUUGCUUUUUCCCUUGUGUAUGCUGAGGCCUACUGAUGUAGAGGCUGCUGCCAAACUAGUUGUCUCCACCUGCAUUUGUUGAUGCGUAUGGGAUAGAAGGUCCAGAUCAUGUGUGAAGUUCGAACCGUUUAGCUGCAUCAAACCUGUCCAUUGUAUUUCGCGCUUUCCCUCACAUAUUGAGGUCUUCACAAUCCAGUCAGCCACCAGAAGAAAGAGAAAAGGGAGAGUAAUCCGACUUGUCUCACUCUGGUCCUCACCUUGAAUGCAUCUGUCAGCUGUCCUCCAUGCACGACUUUGCAGCGUAGUCCGUCCUAUGAAUUCUGGAUGUUGACGAUUUUAUUAGGUACUCCAUAAUGUUCUCCUAUCCUCACUGUCAAACGAUUACUCGUAGUCAAGGAAGUCGAUGUAUAAUGAAAAAAUUCCACCCAACUAAAUGUUCAACGAUGAUCCUUAGUGUCGCGAUUUAGUCUGUGCACGACCGAUCCCUAUGGAAUCAAGCUCCUUAAUACCCGAAUUGGGCGUCUACUGUUUCUUUCAUCCGAUUCAGCAACGCUCUGUUGAAAACGUUUCCUGGUAACGACAGUAGUGUGACGCCCCUGUAGUUCUCAAAUUUGCCCUGAUAACGUUUCUUUGAUAUCAUGUUGAAGUGUCCUUCUUUCCAGUACGUCCUCACUUCUUCAUACUCCUAAAUCUUCCUGAAUAGUGUGAAGCACGAUUGCAGUUACUUGUAUGUCUGACUUCGGUGCUUCGGCUAGAAUAUUAUCAGGUCCUGCUGAUUUCCCACUCUUGAUUUCUUCGGUCGUUGGUGGAGUGACAUGUAUAGCAAGGUCCGUAGGUGGUGCUUCGAUAUCUGAUGGAUGCAGUGGAUCUGGUCUAUCUGAGAGUUCCUCAAAGUGUUCUAAGCAUGUUCCUCUGUUCUUGAAUCUGUGACUGGCUUGUCCAUGACGGGUCGAUCUGGUUUACUAUAUUUUCCUGCCAGUUUCUUUGUUGUCAUAUAGUUGUUUCAUGUUCCCUAGACUUGCAACUUUUUCCGCUGUCGUUGCUGAAGCCAUGUCAGUCAUUUGUUUAGUUUAUUUUCCUCAAAUGUAUGAGGAUGACCCUAGGAGAUUGAAGUACCUCGAAACAGAGCUAGUUAUAAACCAUUCUAGGAAAAACUGAAAUUAAUAUAUUUCACCGAAUAUGUCGAUUCACAUCGAAAGCACGUCACUCAUACUCUACCCUAACUAUUACUUACGCCUGUUACUCCUCGUGAAGUAGCAUAAGCCGCUCACCAGUAUUCUCCAUCCAACCCUGUCCUGGGCAAUCCUUUCUAGCUCCGUCCAGUUGUAAUUCAUCCUUUUCAUAUCUGCUUCUAUUAUCCGACGCAAUGUGUUCUUUGGCCUUCCUCUUUUUCGCUUCCCUUCAGGAUUCCAAGUUAGGGCUUGCCUCGUGAUGCAGUUUGACGAUUUGCGUAAUGUAUGUCCUAUCCAUUUCCAUCGUCUUUUCCUAAUUUCUUCUUCAGCUGGAAGUUGGUUUGUUCUCUCCCACAGAAGGCUAGUGCUGAUGGUAUCCGGCCAGUGGAUGUUGAGUAUCUUGCGUAGGCAGCGAUUAAUAAAUACUUGUACUUUCUUGAUUGUGGUUGUUGUAGUUACCCUAACUAUUACUAGCUACUUAAAUGACAAAUCUUUGAGCAAGCACGCUAUUAAAUGACAGCAGGAUAAACUAAAUACUAGUAAACAUUUUAACGAUAUAUAAUAUUCUAUUUCCAGGUAGAUGAAAAAGAAGUUCUCUCUCUCACAAGUCUCUUAUCUCAGUCUGGUGGUUUAUUCUCUAUUUGGAUUGGACUUAACAUGAUGUCAGUUAUAGAGGUGGUAGAACUGAUUUUUCAUCUUAUUACAAAAUGUAGACAAUUUUCAAAGCGAAAACGACUUCGCCGAACUCAAAAAAAGCAGACUACAUGCGACACACUGAAACCACUAACCAAUGCAAAUAGUGAGACAGAAAUGGUACAGGAUCAGAUAACAAACCGAGGAAUCGGAAAACAAACUGAGAAGUAUAGAAAAGACGACAUGACCAUAAACAAUGGUCCAAUACAAAUACACACCAGAAAACGGUCUCCAAGCGCCCCCAAUCAGAUGGUAUCUGGAAAUAUAUCAUUAUAUUUACCACAAAUUUGACACUCACAACUGUUCACGAUCAAUCUAAACCUGUGUUGAUUUUUUUAAAAUUCUAAUAUAACAUUUCAUCCAGUUUGAAAAUGCUUGUAGUUGUAUAUAUUAUUCGUCUAACCUAAACAGCGAAAGAAUUAUCAGCGUUAAGGUUAAAAGACACGUUUCUAAGAUUGCGACAAGAAUCAUUUUGUAUGGACAUAAGCAGUCAAGGGGGAAAAGCGGAAGCCAAAGUAUCCGGUAAUGUGCACUUUCAGAGACUAAUAACCAAGUCAGAACAUGUUAAACAAGUAACGAUAAUUUUAAUAGCUGGAUUCAUGGAUCGAUCUAAGUUAGACUGUCCAGUGCUUCCAGGUUUUCAAUGGUGGUCCAGCUUAGAUAGACUCAUGAAUUCAACUAUUAGAAUUACAAUAAUCUCCACAAAUCCCCCUUUCUGAAAACAACAAUAGGUAAUUAUUGAAGAAAUUUUUAAAUAUUAUUACGUGAAACUAUAUUUAUUUUAUUUUAUUUUAACACAUAGACAUUGGUACAAGGAGGCACCAAAUACAUAUGCGCCACACAAAUCUCAUUCGAUAUGUGUGAGGGCUGUGAUACUGCCCGGACCGAAGCAGGUGAAACUAUAUGCACAUGCAUGUAUAUCCUUAGACUAAUAAGACCAAUGUGUGACUUGUGUACCAGCCCUAUGGUGUUACAUAAUAUACCACCAAAGCAAAUGGAGACCGACCAUAGUAAAUAAUGGAUUACAUUGUAAGCCAAAACCGAUAGUGGUUUCUUAAUGUUUGGUAAUAGCUUCACUGAUACCAAAAUUGAAUUCUACAAACCAACUAUUAGUAUUUUCAUGAACAAACAUUACAUUUAGUCAGUUCAUAUCAACUUUCUACAGCACUAACAAUCACUCUAGGUAUUGGUAAAUGAUUAGUUUAGUUAGCUUCAAUAUCUGUGAAACAUGAUUUACAAUAUCGGACAAUGAAUAAGAUUUAGAAAGCUAUAUAAAUCCGCAACAGAUUUAUAAACUGUCUACCCACAAAUCGAUUUUAAAGUAUUUGAAUCCCUUGGUUGAUAAUUUGACACAAAAUUAGCAUGCUUUGGUCGGUUUCCCAUGCGGAUUGGCCCUAUAUAACCACCAUGUGGGUAAUGCGAUGGCUUUUGAAGCGAACGUCACUGAAUUCGAGUACCGAAGUGAAUAUCAACUCUGGAAUACAAGUACAACCACCCGACGAGACCAAAAUAGUUUUAUUAUUUAUUUAUUUGAACACAUAAAUAUUGUUACAAGAGGACACCAAAUAUAUAUGCGCCACACCAUAUUUGUGUGCGUCGGCUGUGAUACUGCCCGGGUGCCCAGACUGAAGAAGGUGAUUUUCUUAGGAGGCCACACUCCGAGCCUUUGACCUAAAAAUCUGAUCCACAAGGCAGUGGAGCAUCGUGAGAAGAUGCAACCUCAUGGUAGUCGGUGACCAACGACUGGUUCAUAUGCCAUUUGCUCCUUCGGGAUCUUGGAGCCCAUGUGCACAAUUGGUUUGGGAUCCGGUUAAAGCGUCGGACAUUCGCUUUCCGUCCUCUCAUUUUCGUAGACAACACCCCCGCCACAAGAAGGCAGUGAGUAGGAUUUCCCUGGCAGUGGCUGUAUACUUGUGGCCGUGUGAGGGCAUUUCGAGGGGGAGGGUCCACCCCACUCUCGACCAUACCAGUGCAUUUGGGGGCGAGACUGAAGGUCCUGGGUUCGAAUCCCACGAGGCGGGAUCGUGGAUGUGCAUUGCCAAGGAGGACCGAAAUAGGACCAGACGCGAGCCCUGGAUUCUGUCGCCAGUCACAUUCUAUCUAUUCCGAGUUUAAUGAUAUAAAAUACUAGAGGCUCAACUAAUAACAGCUCAAUCAACAAUUAUGAUUUCUGUAAAACAUUAUUAGAUCAUUUUGCCUAUGCUCUACGACCUUCCGACCACUUAUCGUGAAAUAAAAGCUGUCAUAAAAAUAACGAUUAAUUCAACACUUAAAUGAUAUCAAUUAAAAUUCCAACUUUUUUAGGAUGCUGUUUUCAACCAAAGCGAACCAACGUCACGUAUUGUAGUCAAACAAUUUUACUUUACUAGAAAGAUUAGAUACUGAAGUCAAAUAGCUUUUAGUAUUAAUAAAACGAUACACUUAGGAUUUUUAUGCUACACAUCUGUACACAAACCAGAUGUACCAACAAUAAAACAAACUAUUGCCUAUUAGUACAUGUAGAUAAGUGGGAGAAAUUAGGGGAUAAUAAGUCAGAGCUAUGAACUGACUGACCGAGAAACACUUAACGUAUAUAGCUCAAAAACUAACUGAAUGGUAUGAAAAUGAUUAGUACAAAUAAAGCAAACACGUACAGAUAAAUAAUAUCAGAUUUUCUGUGCAGAUAAAUUUUAUUCAAUACAAUUGAUCUAAAAUGCUUCGAAGUAAUUCAUAAAUUUGGUUGAGAGUAAGACAACAACACUUUACGGCAUAACUAGUGUUGCAGACGGUGGACAAGCUCAACUUAAUUCAAAAUAGGUACGAAGAAUCUUGAGCAUUUGAGAGCAUCACAUUUGUCUCAUAUGCACAAUACAAACAGCAAAGCUAAGAAAUUACAUGAAUAUUGUCACAGUGAAAGUGACAAACACAAGCACUGCAGAGUACUAGAUAAUUAUUCAAAGUACUGACAAGGUGAAAAAGAUAAUCCAUCGAACCUAUGAAUAUGUUAACGAAGCUUUUGAAAGUCAUUCACAACUGGUAAUAUGAAAAGCUGGUUAAAAGUCACUGGUUUUACAGUUAGCCUGCAGAUAACUGAAGGAAAGAAUAUCUUCAAAACUAAGUCGCGCGAGAAACGAAGUGAAGAUAUAUUUCGCACAAAUCAAUGAAUGAAUUUUUUUAAUUAUGAAUCUUGAUAGGUUUUUCAUUUGGAGCAUAACGAGGACGUUUAGAUGGCUUAUGAUCAAUUCCCAACCAUGGGCGACUUUCAGGAAGACAAUAGUGAGUAAAUCUUUUUAUCUGCACUGUGGGAUCUCCUUCAUUCGGGAUGUAAGCGCCCUCAGUUGGAUAAAUUACAGCGAAUCGCCAACGGUCAAACUCCUUUUCAGGUACUUCUAGUCGUUUACGUAUACGCUCGCGCACUGCAGUGUAAUUUUCUCCAUCUCGAAUGCGUACAGUAAACGGCACCCCGAAAGUCUCUGUGAAAGCUUUGUCAAAAUGAGAAACGUACACUACAGUCUCGUCAGGUUUCAAGUUUAUUUCGUCAAGAGGAAUUUCUUCAAUCCGAAGACUAUGAAUAGGAGACGACCCUGCAUAUGUUUGGGGAAACACAGCAGAUUCAGGUAUGAGUGAAAGUUUUUGUGUUGGAGGAUACUCUUGUAUAAUUCGAUUACGAGAGAUUUUGAGUAAACGCAGUUGGCCAGAACCACCAGGAGGCAAGACUAAAUGACGAGAAGCUUCUUUUAAAAGAUCAAAAACUAAACCAUUCUGGGGUACUGAAAGAAUUAAUUCUGCCUUUUCCGAUAAUUUUUGCCCAACAUAAAUCACACGAACUUGACGCAUUGUUUCAAGUUCAUCAAUUCGAAUAGCCAGAUGUGCGUAGUACACACGACGAGGUGGGGAAGAAGUAACAGGACCCAAAGGAGAACGGCUAACAGUCACAGCACCACAAAAACGAUUAAGCGGUAUUGGGAAGCGAUCUGGAGUGGGAGUAUUUCCACCAGUUCCUGACAAUGUAUUUCCGCUGUUAACUAAACCUGGCCCGAUACCACCAACAUCAGAAGCCCAUGAAGUAUUCGUGUGCGCAACAGUAAACGGAAGGAAAAAUUCCUGCAAUGUACCAGAAUAUGAAGAGCUGAUUGCAGGACCGGGAGGUUCUCGCAUCAAACCCUGAGCGGCUGCUGCUGCCACAAGUGAAUUUAAGUAGGGUGACGACGUUGGGAAACCUGAAACAAACAGGAAAAAAAAUAUAUUACGUUACUCAUUGUAAUCUCUGAAGUACUUGUGUAACGUUAACUAUAUUAUUCUAACUGUUUUAGUAACUAAAACAGUCCAAGACAGCAUUUCGAAUGAGUUUGUCUGUACGACUUACACACAUACAUAAGCUGAUACAUGAACUAAUUUUAUGCAUACACAGUGAAAUACGAGGAGCUAACAAUACGAAACUUUUUCUGAAGGAAAAUCCAUAUUCUAUAAAGCGAAAAUUGAGUUCAGUUCUCUUACUAUAGUACAGUUAGGUGAGAUAUAAUGUACACGGACGGUUGGAGAAAAAUUAUUGAGCGAUAAAACUUCAUUUGCUCAGGUGAAAACUUUUUUAUAUUUAACAAAAUUUAAUAAUACAUUGUAUGUAAUUCCAAUUCAUUUCAAAUAUCAACAAGACAACAUGAGGAUGAGGAUCAAAACCACUGUGUCCGCUUUUCUCCCUAAAUUGAGAACCACAAAUCGGCAACAGUAAAUUAAUGACCUAGUACCAUGUGUAGUUGACAACACAGAAAGGCUAGUGCAUGAAAUCUCGAAAACCUUGGUUUUAAAAACCGACUAGUCUGGAUAAAGCAUCUUAGAAACCAAUUUGGUAUUUGUCUAAAGAGCAAACAAUCCCGUAAAUAUAAGCUUGAAAACUGGGCAAUCUUCCCAUAAAUUACAGUAUAAGUUGUGAGAGCCAAGUGUGCAGUGUGUAUCAAAAGUUAUCAUUUGUGAUAUCCAAGAUAAUGUUGGUGAAUUGAUUUUUUGCCCACAUAAUUCGCUCAUUCACUAGGUACUUUACUUAAAUAUGAGACACAUUCUAGGGGUAAAGGCUAAUGAUAUCACAUGGUUUUACAAACCGAAGUAGGUAUAGUGGGGUACUAAUAUGGUAAUUAGCAGCUGAAAGCCGGACGUCCUAACCACUAAGAAACCAUUGCAUACUAAUAAUCAAAACUAUGAAUUUUAUGGAACAAUACACAAUAUAUCAAUUGGAAACAACGUAGGGCCAGGUACAAAUCCAUGUUUUCCACAGUUUGAAUAAGUAAACGUGUCAUGUUGAAAACUACCAGGCUUCAGAAGUCAAUAUAAUAUACAUUGUGACUUCAAGCAAAUAAUCAUUAUUCCAUUUCGAAGACAGCAACUCGAAGUAAAGAAAAGUGGAACGAAUAGGGUGAAACAAGAGCAACAAUGAGAAAUAUCUGUGGUAGAAACGUGUUGUAUUUACAGAAAAUGAUG